AUGAAGUUACGACUCGUUGGGAUGUUCUGUUUGACGGUGGUCAGCUGCAUGGCGGCUGUGCCUUGGAGAUCCGAAGGCAGAAUCGUGGGUGGCAGUGAUGCCACGAUCGAAAACCAUUCCUACCUAGUGUCCCUUCGUCGACUGCACAAGCACACCUGUGGCGGUGCCAUCCUAAACACGAGAACCAUCCUUACGGCAGCCCACUGUGUCUACUACCCGGAGCUGGAACCGUCGGACUUUGAAGUGCGAGCAGGCUCAACGUACCGUAACGAGGGUGGUCAACUGGUUGCGGUUUCCGAGAUCCACUCCCAUCCCGACUAUAACGACUGGACGCUAGAGUGGGACAUAUCCGUCCUGAAGCUGGCUAGCGACUUGCAACUAGGAUCCUCCGUACAACCAAUCAACUUGCCACUACGUAGCUUCGCCAUCGCCGAUGGUGUCGAUGUUUCGGUCUCCGGCUGGGGCUCUCUUUACUACCAGGGACCAUCUACCAAUCACCUGCAGCAGGUCACGCUCCCCAUCGUCAGCAACUCCCGGUGCGGCAUGGCGUACCAGAACUUCGCCCCGAUUCUUCCAUACCAUAUCUGCGCCGGCCAUAAAGGCAAGGAUGCCUGCCAGGGAGACUCCGGUGGUCCGCUGGUCUACCAGAACCAGGUGAUCGGAAUCGUUUCGUGGGGCUACGGGUGUGCCUUCGAGAACUAUCCGUCGGUGUACACGAGGGUGUCGGAAUUCCUGGACUUUAUCACAGUGCGCCUCUAA